UCACUGCUCUCCAGCGCGCAGGGAAAAGCACGCGCUGAAAACUGGAGCGGCCAGAUUCACGUUUUUUGGGGGGAUUAUUUCUGAAUAAUUAAGAAGUGAAAAAUGGUGAGUUGGUGCUUUUAAAUUGUCGCUAAAAAAAAGUGCAGCGCGCAAAACUGGGGUUUUAAUCCAGACCAGAAAGAGAAACAGUAAAGACACAGGGAUCCUCAGCGGGGGAACCAGAACUGAAGAAGGAGCACGCGGAGGAAAUUUGGUGCGACUGCGGCUGGAAAAGUUGGAGGAGAACCUGAGGUCUGCUACUGCUGCUGCUGCUCCGCCAUGCAACAUGAGUAACGACAGUAACGGAGUUGGGGGGAUCGAACCCCUGUGGAACUUGAGCGGUUCAUCAGUCAACCAAUCAUCUGACCUGUUCUCCAACGCAACAUGCAACGUGUCCACCAAUGAUUCAACUUCCUGUUCUCCUGUGGACGAUGGAACAGGUGCGGGAAGUCCGUAUAAAGCUCUGGAGAUGUUUUUCAUCUCCGUGGUGACAGGAUCUCUCAGCUUUGUUACUGUCACAGGGAAUAUUUUGGUCAUGCUAUCCAUCAAAGUGAACCGCCACCUGCAAACAGUCAACAACUAUUUCUUGUUUUCAUUAGCAUGUGCCGACCUGAUCAUCGGAGUUUUCAGCAUGAAUUUGUACACGGUCUACAUCGUUGUUGGCUACUGGCCGCUCGGGCCUGUGGUCUGUGACUUGUGGCUAGCUCUAGAUUAUGUGGUGUCAAAUGCUUCAGUGAUGAAUUUGCUGAUCAUCAGCUUUGAUCGCUACUUCUGUGUGACCAAACCCCUAACGUAUCCAGCAAGAAGGACAACUAAAAUGGCGGGGUUGAUGAUCGCAGCAGCGUGGAUCCUGUCAUUCAUCUUGUGGGCUCCUGCCAUCUUGUUCUGGCAGUUUAUAGUUGGAGAGCGAACCGUGCCCCCUGGAGAGUGCUACAUACAGUUCCUCUCUAACCCUGCAGUGACGUUUGGGACAGCUAUAGCAGCAUUCUAUCUUCCUGUCAUUAUUAUGACUGUCCUGUACAUCCACAUCUCCCUGGCCUCCAGGAGCAGGGUCUCCAAACACAAACCAGAGAAGGAGAAGAAGAAGGGAAUAAAGACUCCCAGUUUGAUAAAAAGUCACCUGUUAAAGCAGAACAACAACAAUGAGAGCAGUCCUCAUGCGAGUCCGCACUCCAGACCUAAACUCAGCGUGGACUCAUCUACCACAGCACUGGAGGCUGUAAAAAACGGCAGAGUGGAGGAACCAAACCAAGCUCAGCCUCAGGCUCAGGCACAGCCCAGUCCAGGACUCACACAGGAGGAAAAAGAGAGUUCCAAUGAUUCAUCCACAGCUUUCAUUCCCCCGACAGAAGUAAAGGACAAUGCCAACAAAGUCACAUCUGAGGCUGCAACAAAUCCCAGCCCAGUUGCCACGACAACAGCCAAUCCUAAAAUCAACCCCAACUCAAGGUGGUCCAAGAUCAAGAUUGUAACGAAGCAGGCAGGGGACGAAUGCAUCACGGCUAUAGAGAUUGUUCCGCCUGUGGAUGGAGCCGAGAGGCACUCCAUCCCGAUUAGCCGCCCUCGCACUGUGGCGAGGAAGUUCGCCAGCAUUGCAAGAAGCCAAAUCAAGAGGAAAAGACAGAUGGCUGCCAGAGAGAAGAAAGUCACAAAAACCAUCUUUGCGAUCCUGUUGGCCUUCAUCAUCACAUGGACGCCAUACAACGUAAUGGUGUUGAUCUCGACCUUCUGCCAGUCCUGUGUUCCCGACACCGUGUGGGCCAUCGGCUACUGGCUGUGUUACGUCAACUCUACGAUCAACCCGGCUUGUUACGCGCUGUGCAACGCCACAUUCAAGAAGACUUUCAAGAACCUGCUGCUGUGCCAGUAUAAAAACAUAGGUACAAGAUGAG